AUGUCUGAUAAAAAAAAAUAUUUGAGUGGAUACCAAAAACGAAAAAAGAAGAAUGAUAUUCAAGAGAAAAUGUCAAAAAUACCGAAAAUCAACGCAUUUUUUUCUACAACUCCUGCUGUUGUUCCUAGAAUAGGAAAAAUUGAUUUAAAGUCAAACUCAAUAUUGUGCACCAAUACCAAUGAUUCAAGUAUACCUGAAAAUGAUAGUAAUUAUAAAGAAGAAAAUGAACAAAAUGUAUUGAAUCUUACUUUGACUAAUCCAACUGAUCGUGCACACUUUGAUGAAGAAGUAGAGAACAGUGACAUUAAAAGAAGCAUUAUAUCAUUUGGUCCAUUUUUAGAUAAAGCUUAUUGUGAAUCAUGCUGGUUGUUUGCUAAUAGAAAAAGUACUUCUUUUAAGUCUGAAUGGAUAAAUGGAAUCGAUGAUUGGAAACAUUUAUCACAAAGCAUUAAACGUCAUGAAAUAUCAAUUCAACACUUAGAGUCAACAAAUAUGAGGAUCAUAUGGGUGAAAAAUAGAACGAUAGAUAAGGAAAUAGAAAUACAAUAUAAUCCAAUUUUAAAUAAUCUAGUGAGUAAUCCUAAACAAAAAAUCAAGUACUUAAGUCCAUUUAUUCAAAAUGAGUUAAUUGAAAUAUUGGCUAAUAAAGUUCGUGAAAUUAUUUGUGAUGACAUCAAAAAAUCUUGUGGUUUUUCAAUAAUACUGGAUUCUACUCAAGAUAUUAAAAAAGUUGAUCAAGUGAGUAUUAUCAUACGUUAUGUAUUAGUUAACUAUGAAAACAAGAAAAUUGAAAUCAAAGAAUCGUUUUUGGGAUUUUUUGUACUUGAUAAACAUAAUGCUGUUGACUAUGCAAACCUUUUACGUCAAACAUUAUUGACAUUUGGUCUUAGUAUUAAUAAGUGUUUCGGGCAAGGGUAUGAUGGUGCUGCAGUUAUGAGCGGAAAGCACUCAGGUGUUCAAACUUUAAUUCGAUCUGAUUUUCCCAAUGCUGUAUAUGUACACUGUUGUGCUCAUAACCUCAAUUUAGUGAUCUCAGAUGCGGCAAAAAGCUCUAGUAAAGUUCAGACAUUUUUUAAUACAGUUCAAGACGUUUACAACUUUUUUAGUGUAAGUGCACCUAGAUGGGCUUUACUAGCUUUAGGGAAAGAAGUUGAAUCAAAAAUACAAAAGAAAACCUUAAAGAGAGUUUGCCCAACACGAUGGGAAGCACGCCACGACUCUGUAUUUGCAUUAAAGGAACGUUAUUUGGACAUAAUCAAAGCACUUACUCAUAUUCUACUUACGUCUCAUAAAUCUGAUGAAACAAAUUUAGGUGGUUCCUUGAAAAAGAAGCUCGAAUCAGCUGAGUUUGUAUUAAUUUUAUGUUUUUGGGAACGAAUAUUACGAUCAUUAAAUGUAGUGUCUAAAACUCUCCAGUUAAUGAAUUUCAACAUAGAAUUUGCUGUUGUUCAACUUGAUAGUGCCAUUAAAGAUUUAACUGAUUUACGAUCUAAUUAUAAUAAUAUAGUAGAAGAUGCCAAAAAUCUUUGUGUUUCAUGGAAAAUACCUUUCAACUUCAAUUGUAAACGUGAAAGAUUUGCUGUUAGGUAUCACAAAGAAGUUGAUUGUGACCGAAGACUUUCUAUAACCGAAGACAAUUUUAAAGUUAAAGUAUUUUAUCCCGCACUGGACACGGCAUUGUUUGAGCUUAAAGAAAGGUUUAAAGGUCUUAAAACAAUAAGUGAUGAGUUUUCUUUUUUAAAACCAAUAAAUCUUACUACAAUAGAGGAACAAAUUAUAAUUAAAGCGUCCUACGAUUUACACAUAAAGUAUAAGAAUGAGUUAAGUUCAGAUAUUACAAAUCAACUUUUGUGUUUAAGAAAUUUUCUUUGUGUUAAUAACUCAACAUCUGUGUUGCAUAAUAUUAAAGACCUAACAGUUUAUUGA